GCGUUUCAAUGCGUUUUAUAAAGAAAGUAGACCAAACACGCAUUUUAUGACACAACACACAAAGAAUGAUGUUCCAGAAAUAGUAUGGCACUGAAUCUCAGGAUCCUCUCGCCUAGAUCAUCAAGGAGAUAGAAGAUGAAAACAUUAUAUUUAACCAGAGACGAGCUAGCUCUUAUAAUCCUAUACUUGAACAAAGCUGAGGCUAGAGAUAAGAUAUGCAGAGCUAUACAGUACGGUUCCAAAUUCUUGAGCGGUGGAAAACCUGGUACUGCUCAAAAUGUCUACAGAAACACCAGUUUGGCUAGAAAAGUGUUCCGUCUUUUCAAGUUUCUCAAUGAUUUUCAAUUGCUUAUUAGCCCUGUGCAUAGAAGGACUCCUCUUCCUCUUGUCUUGCUCGGAAAGUGCAAGAAUGCUCUCUUGUGUACCUACUUCUUUCUUGAUCAAUUCGUCUGGCUUGGUAGAUCCGGCAUAUAUAAGAACAAAAUAUUAACGGAGUUGAUUAGCGGUUUCUCAAUUUUCUGCUGGCUUGGAUCAUCUAUCUGUAUUGUAAUAAUUGAGAUUUGUGAGCUUGUAAGGCUCUCUUCAUCUAUGAAGAAGAUGGACAAGGAACUCAAAGAUGAUGAAAAGAAGAAUCAUGAUGAGUUGCAUCGUGCUAAGCUUCAGAAAACAAAAGACAGAAUAGUAGCUUUGAUUAAAUCAAGCAUGGACAUUGUUGUAGCCAUUGGUCUGCUUCGUUUAGCUCCAUGGAUAAUUGGUCAUCGUGUCACUGGCUUUUUGGGGCUUAUCACCUCACUUAUCUCUUGUUAUCAGUUGCUUCCAGUGCGUCCCAAGUUAAAGACAGCUUGAAGCAAGAAGAAGCUUCUUCUCUAGACCUUCAGAAUAAUUGUUUCACGUAAUCUUAAGAGUCUAUGUUGCUCCUAUGCUGUAAUAAUGAUAACUUAUACUCUGAACAAGACUCUGUUUCUACAUAGCUGAAAGGAUUCUAUGUUCAAGUUCAA